UUCCAGACGAAACCGGAAGUGAGCGGAUGGAAUCGUCUCAGUGGCCCGGAAGUAGAAACUCUCCGCUCCAAACAACGUGUUUCCAUGUGUUGAACUGAAGACUUUAGAGGAAAACACGCAGCAGAUUUCCGUUCAUCAUGACGUCGCUGGCCCACCAGCUCAAGAGGCUCGCGCUGCCUCAGAAUGACUCCAAUCUUCUGGUCCGUCGGGAGGUUGCCUCACUGCUCUUCGACCCCAAAGAUGCUGCGACUAUGGACAGAAGUACCUUCUAUGCCCUUGGCUGCACAGGGCUGGAGGAGCUGCUGGGAAUAGAACCGGCGUUCCUGGAGUUCCAGGACACUUUGUUCAGCCGGGCGUCGCUGACUCUGGAACGCAGCGUCCAGUCCAAGGAGGUCAACGAGAAGCUGGACGCCGGCAUCUCACUCUUCCUCACCCGCCUCUGCCCGUACUUCCUCCUCAAACCGGCACACAAGUGCAUCGAGUGGCUGGUUCACCGCUUCCACAUCCAGCUGUACAACGCCGACAUGCUGCUGUCCUGCGCGCUGCCGUAUCACGACACCAACGUGUUUGUCAGAGUCCUGCAGCUCCUCAAGAUCAAAGACGCCACCAACCAGUGGAACUGGCUACACUGCCUGCAGAAACCAGGUGUGCCGCUAUCCAGAGGAGCCCUGAUCAACCACUGCUACAGCGACCUGAGCUUCAUGGACUUCAUCUGCUCCAUGGUGACCAGGUCCAUCCAGGCUUAUUCAGGACACUCAGGGAAUUGCUCCCAGCUCAGAGUGAUCUUCUCCUUCUAUGCCUCCACCAUUGUUCCUGCUCUGGACGCUGUGGACAAAGUGUCCGAUACCAUCAUCUCCAAACUGCUGCCGUAUGUCCAGAAGGGUCUCAAGUCAUCCCUGACGGACUAUAAAGCUGCCACCUACAUGAUCGUGUGCCAGCUGGCAGUGAAGGUGGUGAUGGAGUCGAGUCUUGUGGACAGUCUCGCCGUUCACAUCAGCAAGUCUCUAGUCAAAGAGCCGGUUCUGGCCAAAGAGGGUCUGGGCUGCCUCACCGUGCUGCUGCAGAACCAGAAGGAAGGCGCUACCGGACCCAGAGCUGUCGGCCGUCUCUGCUCGAUGCCGGCCCUGGUUUCCACGCUGCAGGUCAUGGCGGCAGUUCAUGACGUCAGGCCUCUACUGCGUUACCUGCUGCCCCACCUGGUCCACAGUGUGUUCGCUGGCAGCUCAGGUGAGACGGAAACGGACGAGCUCAGAGUUUUGGAGUCGAUCCUGACGUCCGUCCCCCUGACCAAAGACCUGGACCGGACCAUGGCUCGGUUGCUGCUGGACGAAUAUCUGAGUCAAACCGAACUUUCUGCUGAAAACCUGUCGGCACUUGACCAGCGUCUGCUGCCUCUAGUUCGACUGUUCGAGUCCAAGUACGUCGGAGCUCUGGACAGCAUCCUUGCAGGUCAUGUGACCGACAUCAGCGACACGCAGCAGAAACAUCUGUUUCAUCACUUCCUGUCUCUGUCUCUGUGCAGCGGGAAGUUCCAGAUUCUGGGCGACUCGGACACGUCGCUGCUGCUCAGCCUUAAACAUCCUCAGCCUUCAGUCCGAGUGUCGGCUGUGGAGCAUCUGAUGGACAUCGUCACCUCCGGACAGCAGCAGAGUUUGGACGAAGGUUUCCUGAAAGACACCAUCGUCGAACGCCUCCAGGACGAAGCUCCGUCAGUCGUCUCUGCAGCUCUGAGGGUCCUGGAGGUGGUUCUGGAUGUUCUGGAGCCUGAAGAUGUUGUGUCAUGUUUCCUGUGUCUGCUGAACCGAGCCGAUCUGUCCGACGCUGAACGCUGGCUUCCCGUCCAGACCGAGGCGCUGCGUUUACUGUCCGACCCCCGGCUGGGAAAAAGCGAUGCUGACCUGGUGCAGCGGACCGGCUGGAGGCUGCUGCCCUUCCUGGUGGCAACGUCGAGUCGACUCGGCCUCCCUCGCCUCGUUGCCCGGUCCUCCUUCCUCCAGCAGCAUCCGCUCACCCUCACCUGGGCUGCAGAACUGGACAAAGCGACGAAGAGAAGCUCUGAUCCGAACUUUGUUGGUUUGAUAAACGAACGUCUGGUUUCCACGCUGACCCAGAAUCUGGCCAACAUGGAGCAUUUCUCCAGACGGGACGCCCUGGAGAAGCUGGCGGUGCUGGUGGAGCAGCAGCAGGGUUCUGGUCUCCGACAGAAGACGUCCUUCCUGGUCCUGACCCAGACGCUGCUACUGGGUCUGGGAGGUCUGAGCGACACGCAGCACCUGCUGACGGCCCAGAGGGUCUACCUGCUGCUGGAGCGCCCCCUGCUGGAGCUCCGCCUCCAGGAGUCUGGGCGUCUCGUCUCUGAUUGGCCGUCCUUCUCCGAGGCUCUGACCGCUUACCUGAGCAGGUGUGAGCAGCAGCCAGGUGAGCCGGCCGACCUGGAGUUCGGCUGCGUCCUCACCUGUCUGCUCAGAGACUUCAUCCAGACCCUCAGGUGUGACGACGCCUCCUUCAAAGGUGAGGUCUGGUGGAACCCGGAGAAGAUGGACACCAACACCUGCUGCUACCUGGGUCUGCUCUGUCGGAUGUUCAGCGUUCUGAUGAGCGGCGCCACCGACGGACCGACGGCAGGAAGCUUCAGACAGCUGAUGAAGCUGCUGGUCCAGGUCCACCUUGGGGAUCCAGUGAUGCUCUUCAGGUUCCUGUCCAUCCUGUGGGGAUACGGCAGUAACCACGGCGACCAGCUGGACGUGAAGGUGGGCGCCGUCCUGCAGACUCAGGCACUGUAUAUGGGCGGAGCGUUGCUUAGCAACCAGCCGGACGCCAUGUUGGAGACGCUGGCCGCCACCGAUUCACCUGUGGUCCCGUCCCUGUUGUGUUGUCUCUCCUCUCCGGUCCGGGAGGUUCGUAGAUCCGCCCUCGCCGCCCUGAAGAGCCUAUCAGGAGCCUCCUCCCCCUUCCAGCCAAUCACAGAGAGGCUCCUGAAGACCUCAGAGGAGAUCAUUGCCGACCCGACGUACCUGAGCCAGGUUCUCGGCGUUCUUCACGCUGAAAGUUCUUCCAGUAAAUCCAGGAAGCUUCAGGCGUCGAUGCAGCAGCUGCUUUCCACCGUUCAGACCUCCAGCUGCCCGUCGUACAACAGCGCCGCCCUGCUGGACGCUCUGAGCAACGUCAGCGGACAGUCCGUCCUCUCGGUUCUGCUGCCUGUCCUGGACCGGCUCCUGGAGACCGGACCCGACACCCCAUCUCUGCUGCGGGACGAGGCCCGGCUCAUGCAGCUGGUUCUGGGGAAGUUCGACGAGGCCUCGGCCCCCCUGCUGGUCCGGGACCAGAACUGUCUGGACCUGUUCAUCCGGGCUCUGAGGACCCCGACCCAGCAGCACCCUGACGUACCGAGCUGCCAGAUGAUGGCUCUGGAGCAGAUCUCCAAGUCGUUCUUCUCGGCUCUGGGAGAUGAAAAAGUUCAGCAGAAGAUUCUGUCGGUUCUGUUCGACCUUCUGGUGGAGAGUCGGAGUCCAGCGGUGGCCGACGCCAUCAGCAGCAGCUUUAAGGGGAUCUCCGUUGACGCUCAGCUGGUAGCCAAUGAACUUUCUCCUCCUCAGAAACCCAAUGUCAGCGUGACGGUUCAACAAACCCGCCGGAGCCGAGCCACUCAGAGCAGGAAGCCAGCGGAGGGCUCCGGUCCAGAAGGGGGCGCUGUGUCCUGGCGGAGGGUGACGCUGAUCCUGGAGCUCCUGCAGCACAAGAAGAAGCUGAGGAGAUCCCAGUCGUUGGUUCCGGUUCUGUUCUCGCUGCUGGCCAGGAGUCUGGAGCCAGGAUCAGCUGAUCACGCCAACAUGGAGUACACCAAACAGCUGCUGCUCAGCUGUCUGCUCAACAUCUGCAACAGACUCUCACCUGGAGGAGGAGCUGCAGACGUCCUGGAUGAGGAGAAGUUCAGCGUGGAGCUCGUGGUCCAGGUCAUCAGGGCGUCCGACGUGCCUCAGACUCACCACCAUGCUCUUCUGCUGCUGGGCACCGCCGCCGCCAUCUUCCCCGAGAAAGUUCUGCUCAACAUCAUGCCCAUCUUCACCUUUAUGGGCGCCAACCUGCUGCGCCUGGACGACGCCUACAGCUUCAGGGUCAUCGACCAGACGGUGCAGAUGGUCGUACCUGCCCUGAUCCAGGCCAAUCAGCUGUCCGACGGCGGCUCCUCCUCCCACCUCGUCGCCGUGGUGACCAGGAUCGUGCAUGUGUUCGUCGACGCGCUGCCUCACGUUCCCGAGCACCGGCGGCAGCCAAUCCUGACGCAGCUGGUGACCACGCUGGGCCCCGCCCACUUCCUCUGGGUCCUAAUGCUCCUCCUGUUCAAGCAGCACGCCACGCAGACGGACGGCUCGGCCAGCGAGAAGGACGAGGCUCUGGACAGAGACGUGGAUUUCUGGGUUUCGGUGUGUUCUCACUUCGAUGUGGGCGAUCAGCUGACUUCUCUCAUCAACAUCCUGAACUUCCUGCUGCAGCUUCCAGAUGACAAAGACGACGCUCCGGUGAAGCGUCCGGCCGGCCGGCGAGGAGCCCAGAAGAAGAAGGAGGGUGAGGAGGAGAAGCUGGAGGACCUGAUCUUCAGUCUGGAGGCCCACAGCGGCAAAGAGCUGCGACACUUCAAGUUCCUCAACGUGUCCUUCAUGGCCCAGCUGCUGGGGUCCACCAGCUUCAUCAGGAAGGUUGCUGAAGGAGGCGAUGACGUCGAUGCGACUCUUCAGCCGCUGCAGCAGAAGCUGCUGGAGGAGAUCCUCCGUUACAUCCACAGCGUCGCUCGCUGUGUGGAGGAGAACUCUGAUAAACCCACAGCCAAGUUCUGGAGAGUUCUGCUCAACAAGACCUAUGAUGUUCUGGACAAGGUGAACGCUCUGCUGCCCACUGACACCUUCAUCACAGUGACCAGGGGGCUGAUGGGUAACGAGCUGCCGUCGGUCCGGAGGAAAGCCAUGGAGCUGCUGAACAACAAGCUGCAGCAGCGAACGCAGUGGGAGGAGCCUCAGGUGUCGGCUCUCCUGCAGCUGACCUCCGACCUGCUGAGCAUUGUGGGUAGUGGUCAUGUGACCGAGGGGGCGGAGCUCGCCAUCAACCGGCAGACGGCGCUCUACAGCCUGAAGCUGCUCUGCCGCUGCUUUGGCUCCGCCCACCAGGAGGCAUUCGUCCCCGUCCUACAGCAGGCGGUGCAGGUCGUCACGGUGACAGACGAGGACAGGAACGUGAUGGGCAGCGCUCUGCUCUGCGUCGCCGAGGUGGUCGGCACGCUGAAGACGCUCGCCAUCCCGCAGCUGCCCAGGUUGAUGCCGGCCGUUCUGCACGUGCUCAGUGACAGGAAGGAGCUCCUGAGCAGCGAGAUUUACCUGCUGAGCGUCGUCACGGCGAUGCAGAGAGUCAUGGAGACGCUGCCGCACUUCAUCAGCCCCUACCUGCAGGACACCAUCAUACAGGUGUGUCGUCUGACUCAGCUGCUCCAGUCUUCCUCCUCCUCCUCCUCCUCCUCCUCCUCUUCGACCAAUCAGCUGUCGGCUCGUCUGGCCUCCCUGAGGAGCUCCAUCGCCACCCUGCUGCCCCCCAGGGUCCUACUGCCGUCCCUCAGCCGCUUCUACAGCAACCUGCUGGUCGACAGGAAGGAGCAGCUGGUGGCGCUGAUGAGCAUCCUGAAGGAGCACAUCGGUCACAUGGACAGAGAGCAGCUCAACGUCCACCAAUCAGAGCUCACCUCCUUCUUCCUCACCGCUCUGAACUUCCGCUGCCAGCAUCCUCAGCUGGACCUCCAGAAAACGUCUCGGAUCGAAGGCUGCGUCAUCGACUGUCUUAUCGCCAUGGUGAUGAAACUGUCCGAGAUCACCUUCAGGCCGCUGUUCUUCAAGCUGCUGGACUGGAGUAAAUCUGACAGCUCCGACCGCCUGCUGACGUUCGUCCGUCUGUCCGACGGCGUCGCCGAACGUCUCAAAGGAAUCUUCGUUCUGUUUGCUGGAAACCUGGUGACGCCAUUUUCAGAGCUGCUGAGACGAAGCAACAGCGAUGAGCUGCUGUUUGCUUCAGAUCUCGCUGAAGAGAAAACUUCUCUGCUCCUUGAUUUGGUCCUCGACUGCCUCCAGAAGAUCUUCCUCUACGACACACAGCGGUUCCUGAGCCGAGAACGAGCCGAAGCUCUGCUGAAGCCGCUGGUCGAUCAGCUGGAGAACCAGGUGGGGGGGCAGCAGGUGUACCAGCAGAGGGUCUCCCAGCACCUGGUGCCCUGUCUGGGGCAGUUCGCUGUAGCGCUGGCCGAUGACUCCCAGUGGAAAACCCUCAACUACCAGAUCCUGAUGAAGACCAGACACCCAGACAGCAAGGUGCGUUUCUCGUCCCUGCUGAUGCUGAUGGAGUUGGCGUCCAAACUGAAGGAAAACUACGUGGUUCUGCUGCCGGAGACCAUCCCCUUCCUGGCUGAGCUCAUGGAGGAUGAGUGUGAGGAGGUUGAACAGCAGGUGCAGAAGGUGGUCCAGGAGAUGGAGAACAUUCUGGGAGAACCUCUGCAGAGCUACUUCUAACACACACCACAUACAAAAUACACAACUUUAUACACAGCCUAUACACACACAGCAGGUUGGAGGUUAACAGGAAGUGACUCUGAUUCUGUUUUGUUUCUGAUGUAAGAAAGAAAUGUUGGACUAAAAACUGUCUCUGCUCUGAUUGGAGGAAAUGUUCUGCACAUGCUCAGUAGGUCAGAAAUGAAAGUGAAGCGUUUAGUUUAGGUUGUUCUAAUAAACUGGUUUCAUUUUGUCACAAAAA